CAGUGUUGUUUACAUCUUGUGAAAUGGUCUAUAUCCUUCAUCAUGAGUCACAUGACCCUUCAGAAAUCACUCUAAUGAUCAAUGAACAGUUAUGAUGAUUAUUAGUGUUGGAAAUGAGACAAAAAUAAAAGCAUUUUUUGCACUGUAAGAUUCAAGAGAAUGAACAUAUCACAGAUUCCUGAUCGUAGAAGUAAACGCAAAAAACAAAUUAUCAGAGGUUAUAAAAUGUCAAAUAAACAGAGAAUUAGUUCCCAGUACGGCACACACACACACACACACACACACACACAUCCCACAUCUACACCACACAUAACCUGACAGAGAUGGAAACUUGGUGUGAGAAAUCUACAUAACGCCGUAUAGUUUCCUCUCGGUUACUGGGACCGUGUGUUACCCGCUAUCAGGGAUGUGUUAUCAUCAUAUGCAGUAUUACAGGUACAGGUUUCUAUUGUGUCUUUAAAAAUAAAAUAUUUGUAAUUAUUUUUUGUUUUUAAUUCCAAAAGAAAAAAUAUAUUUUAUGCAUUAGGUCAAAUUCCUGAAUAACUGGCCACAGGACCUGUGUGUGACCGCCGCUCCAGUAACACAGAAACCCCGUUUCACAAGACCACGCAUGUGCAUCUCCUCACAAAUCAACACAAACUCAUAAACUGGCAAAUAUAAGGCGACUACAAUUCAACAUGAACAGGAGCACAGACCUGAGAGAAGGAUCAGUACUUUACUGGUGUAUAGAGAUGGGUCUGCAGGCCUCAGUCCUCCUCCUCCUCACUCUGCUCAUGGCGGGGUUCGACACCGGUCGAGCGUGCGGUCAAGCGGAGCACAGACACGACUCAUAUCAGCACUCUCGCCUGUGUUACGAGUGCGCCGGCGUGGGGAAUUACUGUCCCAGCAAACUGGUCAUGUGUCCCAGUGGAUCCUCACACUGCAUGAGUUCAACCAUCGUACUGGACAUCGGUGGAACGAGUUUGAAAAUAAAGAAAAAGGAAUGUAUUGAUGACUGUCAGAAUGGAUCCAUCAACUUGGGCUUAAAAAAGACGUCCUUUUCCUGCUGCGGCACUGACUUCUGUAACACCGAGGACGCUCCAGAUCCCAGAAUUAGCGCUCCCAACGGAAGGAGGUGUCAUUACUGUGAUGGACAGAGCUGCUCGAACACCGUGAGCUGCUCCGGGACUGAAGACAGCUGCAUCACCGCAACCGUAACCAACAGUGGCCAGUCAAUGCUUUUAAAAGGCUGUAUCACUAAAUCUGUUUGUGGUCUCCUAAAAUGUUCAUUUAUUCAGGACCUCUCGUGUUGUGAGGGGAACCUGUGUAACACUGAUAAGGGUCUCAACCUAAGCGUCACACAUAAGGGUGACACCUAUAGGUCCCUGUAUGAGGGUGCUAAGAAGAGCGACACCUAUAGGUCCCUGUAUGAGGGUGCUAAGAAGAGCGACACCUAUAGGUCCCUGUAUGAGGGUGCUAAGAAGAGCGACAGCUAUAGGUCCCUGUAUAAGGGUGCUGAGAAGAGCGACACCCAGAGGUCCCCGUCUAACGGCGCUACGAGCGUCACCCACAGCUUCCUGUUCUCUGCUCUCCUACUUCCUGCUGCACUGAUUCUACAAGACUCAGAUUACUGAAUAUAUACAGUACCGCCAAAAAUUAUUCAGACAGCAGAUAUCAUUUUUUCUCUCUAGUGUGAUCAGGACACUUUAGUUCAUUUGUGUAAGUCAGAAAAUAAAAUAAAGUAAACUGUGACAUAUUAUACCCAUUCUUCAGUGAUGACCAGUAAGAUUUAUAACAAUUAUUAUUCCUCCACUUUGAGCUGAUGAUGUUUUACUGAAGUGUGUUUUCUGUAAUUGCUAAUGCUCUUUUUACACACACACUGAACAACAUGAAGCAUUUCUUGGUCACUGGUUGAGCUAAACUGGUAUCAUCUAAUUGUGUAGUUAAAUUUAACAGAUAUUCAACAUAAUUCAUGUGUGAGAGUCGAACAGAAGGACGGACAAAACCAGUUCUUGUUAUAUUUUAUUACCAUUUUCUAAUCUAUAGCGAAUAAACUGAUAAUGUGAGAAAUGUUGAAUGUGUCUGAAUAAAUUUUGGUUUGACUGUAUGCAUAUUUUCAUAUCUUUGUUGGCUUUCUGAUGUGUCAUUUUAUUAAAUGAAAUACUACAUCACCUGUAUCCUG